GUACAACCAGCCAGCAUCUUCCACUGCCCGCCACCACACACUCAGCGAGCACUGAACACCGCACACGGCCAUCUGCUCAGAGAGCUGUGACCAUCGGCUGUUACUACCACUUGCCCAGAGAGUUGUGAGCACCGGCGCCACCGCUGUCUACCUAGAGGCUCUCUCAUCCACUGCCUGCUGCACUGGGCUGCGAUGCCUGAGUUCCUAGCUGUUGCUUCUUGGCGGUUCCUGAUCCUUCUAGCCUUCCAGGUUGGCGUGACCACCGGAGCCCCCCAGCCGUGGCGUUGUGCGCCCUGCACUGCUGAGAAGCUGGGCCUCUGUCCACCCGUGCCCGCUUCGUGCCCUGAGAUUUCCAGGCCUGCAGGCUGUGGCUGCUGCCCGACAUGUGCCUUGCCACUGGGCGCCGCUUGCGGCGUGGCCACUGCACGCUGUGCCCAGGGACUCAGCUGCCGUGCGCUGCCCGGGGAGCCUCGUCCCCUGCAUGCCCUCACCCGCGGCCAGGGAGCCUGUGUACCAGAGCCCGCUGUACCAGCCACAAGAGCCUUGUCCAGCACUGAGCGCAAAGACGAAGAAGCAAAGACUGCUGUGGCUCCUGAGGAUGAGGCUCCCGAGAGCCCAGAGAUGACCGAGGAGCAACUGUUGGAAAGCUUCCACUUGAUGGCCCCCUCCAGUGAGGACCGGCCCAUCCUGUGGAAUGCCAUCAGCACCUACAACAGCAUACGGGCCCGACAGACCGCCGACCUCAAGAAAUGGAAGGAGCCCUGCCAACGAGAGCUCUAUAAAGUGCUGGAGAGAUUGGCUGCAGCUCAACAGAAAGCAGGAGAUGAAGUCUACAAAUUUUAUCUGCCAAACUGCAACAAGAAUGGAUUUUAUCACAGCAAACAGUGUGAGACAUCGCUGGAUGGAGAAGCGGGUCUCUGCUGGUGUGUCUAUCCGUGGAGUGGGAAGAAGAUCCCUGGGUCUCUGGAGAUCAGAGGGGACCCCAACUGCCACCAGUAUUUCAAUGUCCAUAACUGAAGACUUCCACACAUGCUCUCUCACACCAGAUAUUUAAGUAUAUAGUAUAUUUAUAGUCCGGAGCACACCAUUUUAUAUAUGUGUAUAUGUAUAUAACCAGGAACUACUUUUUAUACUCCACAUACUGCUUGAUAUAUAAAGUUGGUUCAUAUUUAUUCACUGUAACUUUAUGUUUUUCUACACAGUUACUUGUGCCAUAUUAAUUUAUAUACCAUGAAGCGCUUCUCAUCACCGUAUAUGUAAAUACUGUGUCUCAGCUUUUCCACAGUCCAUUCUUCUGUUUUGAAAGGGCAGCGUGUGCUGCCUAGAGCAUGCACAAGUCAGUCUGAGGUAGGGACUUCUCCAGUGGUCUCAAGGAGGGGAGUCAGCCAGCGAUGUGCUCUCUGCAGCCACGGAUCUGGGUCUGAUGCCCGUUUGUCGGGGCAAGUUGAGAUGUUGACGAUGUGAUCAAAGCUAAGUGUGGAAACCUGUGCUGGGUGCAUUUUAAACUGCACAUCUGGAAUAAAUACUCUACCUGGAAAUACUGUUGUCCCUGUGGUGUCUCAGCGUCAUCUUUGUUCCUGUGAUCUCUUUAUCUUUCGCCCCCACUGGCCUCUGAGUCUAUGCUUUGGGGACAGACAGUGUGAUAGUCGGUGCUGUGAUCUUGUGGCCCCUUUUCCAAGCAGCAGCAGGCCGCUGGGCCGCACUAGAGAUCACCUCCCCUCAGCCCAUUGCAGAAAGACGCUUAAAAGAAAUCCCACCCUCGCUCAGAACUGAGAAUAACAGAGGGUUAUUUAUUUGGGGGUAGACUCACAAGUCACAAUCCUCUGCUGGAAUGGGGAACAGCAACAGAAAUAGUGUAAGAGGCUCUGCCCAAGUGGGCGGGUAGCUUAAAGGCUCCUGACUGCAGGAAUCUCUCUUUCUCCCCAGAGCCCUCCGCCUCUCCCCUCCUUAACACUCUUCAACGUAUUGAUACACCUGGGUUUCCUCAACUGAGCUACAUACAGAUACAGAGAAGCAGUCACUGGCUUCCUGUGCUUGUUGAGACAGGGUAGCCCCGGUUAGGCUUUCCCUGUUGUCUUCUCUACUCCCUCCAUUGCCUGGUUCUUGAAACUGACCCAGGGGUCUUGUCCUGCCUUGUCCCCCUGCUGACUGUUACUGGCUCUCACUCUCCUCCCCAUCUUUCCACAGCUUCUCCCAGGUUAUUCCCCUGGGCCGCAGCCUCCAGCCCUGUCUGCUUGAUGUCUGAAAGGGAAGCUGAGACCUCUCCACCGCCUCUACUGCAGGGAACCAGGCAUCUCCCGUUUCCCAAUGUGUGUAAGGUUGCUGGGCAUGGUAACCCUUAGAAUUGGUGUUAGCUAACCCCUAAGAGAGUGGAGGAUAGCCAAGGAGAAGCCAGAGAGUCAGAGGAGCUUCUAGUGGCAGGCUAGGAGAAGAGGCAGGUGAACAGAGAGCAGGAGGCACAGCAGGCGGGCAUGAGUCCCUGAAGGGCGUGGGAGAACUUUUAAAGAGGACUCGCUCAAGGGUAUUAUUAUUAGCUGCACAGAGCCGGAGCCAGGUUACACACCUCUGUCUAUGACCUAUCUUCAAUUGGUAUUUAACUACCUGCCAUUUUUCUCUCUCUCAUAUGGCAAAUGAAUUCAGGACCUCAUCCUUUCAAGGCAAGUGUCCUUCACCAAGCCAUCUCCUUAGCUCUACCGAUUUAUCUCUUAUCAACCAUCUCCCUCUCUAGUACCUAGCGCGCACUUGCUCUUCAAUGAUCUGUUUGUCUGACUUGGAAUUCCACCUGUCAAUCAUUCCACCCGUCAUCUAUCCACUCACCUACCUUUCAAAGGAGAUUUGUGGUGAAGAAUUGGUCCAUGAGCUAGGGAGGCUGGGAAGUCCCCACGUCUACCACAGGGAAGCUGGGAGUGUGACCAGCCUGAGGCUAAAGACCUGAACGCAGGGGACUUGAUGAUGUAAUUUCCACUUCAAGGGCCAGAGAAGAGAAAAUGUCCCAGAUAGGAAGAAUGGCUUGACACCCCUCCCCGCCAUUUUGUUUUAUUCAGACUCUGACCAGAAUGCACAGCUAGUGUGGGGGUGGGGGAGGAGGUGUUGGGGAGUCAGUCUGUGCAUCUCACCUGGAGGCACUCACAGCCAUCCCUGAGAUGAUGCUAACUUCGUAUGCAUAGUGGCCUGGCCGAGUGGAUAUGAGGAACUGACCCUGGCAGGCAAGUAGGGCAAAGGCCAGAGGUGAAGGGGUGAGGUCAAGGAAAGGUGUGCGAAUUGGUAGCUUCAGGGAGGUUAGUCCAUUGGGUUUAUGAAGAAGCAUUGCCCUGUGACCCAUGCCUUGGCAGUGGCACCAAAAGGCCUCCCAAGUUUCUGUCCUCGGUGCACCCUGGAUCUGGCUUCAGGGCACUUGGUGGCCCGUGUAUGCUGUUCUGCCAUCCCCAGUGAGUUCCAUGUGCUUUCUUCAUUGGUGCCAGUACAGCACUCCAAGGGUGCUGCCUUCUGACCUUGGCUCCCACCCUGUGAUCCUACUGUACACCCCCAGAUCUCCGCAUACCCAUCGAAUCAAUUUGCCGUCUGCUGUCCAAUUCUGCGAUUCUGCAAUCACUCUGGCUGUCUGUUGGGUGACUUUAAACAAGACUCUAAACAGGCAAGUACUGUAUGCGGUUUGAUGUCAUAGUCCCAGGAUGUACCUGAAAUUAUUUUGGCAUGGGACAUAGUUGUGCCAAAGCCAUAGAGAGGGACUGAGGUACCAGAAGCCCUCCCAGCAUCCUUUGGGGUUGUCCUCCUCUUCUGGAUUCAAAUCACUUCCCUUCUCCACGCACCCAGUAGAAGAAAGAUUAGUAACUUAAAGGAUGUGCCCAUCUUAUGUACAUCAUCUCUUUGGGGAAGCUCCUCUCAAGACUGGGGAAGCACGGACCAGACUCUGAUGGAGACCAUCUACUUUCCCUGUCUAGAUCAUAACAACCAUCAACCCAACCUACUGGACCUAGAUAUUUCUCUACAUAUGGCCCGGUGCUGCAUGGAUGCCAAAGGCCGCAGCGACAGUGCCGCUGAGAUUCUUUAGUGAGAGAUGGACGCAGCUCUGACGUCUAGCCAUGUUCAUGACAUCUGCUAUGUCUAGAGGGUUCUACCCUCUCAGAGUGAUCUCGUCCGCGACUCAGGACCCAGAAGCAAACAAAAGUAGGGAGUUUUUUUUUAAAUGAUAAAAACUUUAUUUACUAUUUAUAAAUACAUUGCAAGACAAACUUUUCAAAAAUACAUUUUUCCCCCAAAAAAACUUAAUUAAAAAAAUAAAGAAAAGCUGAUAGGCAGGCAGAACAUCUUGAGAUUCCCUUGUACUCUCAAGACAAGCUCUGUACAGCACACGUUCACCCCGUGGGAUGCAGUGCAGUCUCCUCGCACCCUCUGUUGCCAGACCUCCUUGGCCUUGCGGAGAGCAGCCCAGCCUCCAGACGCGGGCUCCUUUCCCUGGGCGUGCCUGUGGUUACAUCACCUAGCGUCACUAACAUUUUACCUAGGAUUAUCUAGUACAGAUUCUAUUAUAUUCGGGCUAUGCCGUAUACACUGUUAACAAUUACGAAGGUAUUUUGUCUGUGUAUAUAAGUGAAUUAUAAAGAAAGUCUGAGAAGGACCCCAAGAUCAACAAACGGGUCUUGGUCUUGCCAGGCUCUCCAACAAGCCAUUCCUCUUUCCUGUUCAGAUAGGAAGGAGGGGAAGAUGAAAACAACCCUUCAAACCCCGUUUUCUUUCUUUAAAAAAAGCUUCCCCCCCACGCCCCACAAUAAACUUUAUUUUGAGAAGCUGGACAAGAAAACACUGUUGUUGGUUUUUUUCAAAAUCGUCUGAAGAAUUAACUGUACCAUUAUUUGUGACAUCUCUGAACUUGGAGGCUGACACUCACUGCGCCUUCCACCUGGGGCCAAGUCAUCAGGAAGCUGCCUGACAGAGGAAGGUCCUCGUCCUUCUUUCUACGGGCUCCCAGAGGGUCUUAGAACAUUCUUGGCCAUUCUUAAUAAGAGAGACUCCACCUAUUCGCUCUCACAGUUCCCGGGAAGAUCAGGUCACCUGCAGUGGUUCAGAUGAUACCAAAAGGGCCACAAGCCUCGGGUGUGUGUAUCCAGAUGUCCUGGUGACUCGGUUAGGGCUUUCCCCACUCUCCACACUGCCUGCGUUCAUUACAGGGAAUGGAAAGAGGGUUUUUCUCUAUCGGCAACAGAACCUCUGACGUCAGGCGGGCUGAGGGCCAGCAGCACUGCAGCCCGUACUGGGUGGAUUAGGGGAAGAGGGCAUCCGUGGCCUGGAGCACGAGUGUUUUCAUAGGAAGCAACAGGAAAAAUUCAAACUGCUGUUUGUUGACUACCGGAGAGUAGAAAGACGAUCAAGUUUACAAUUUAAACAACCAGAGGCAUUUCAAAAAAUCUGUCUAAACUUUGGUUUUUUUUUUUUAAUCAGUUCACCACAAAAAAAAAAAAAAAAAAAAAAAGAAA